CGGACUGAGGCUGGGGGGAGGAUGGCGUACAUUCAGUUGGAACCAAUAGACCAGGGCUUCCUGUCCAGAGUGUCGGAUUUGCUCCUGUGCAGGUGGACGUGCAGGAAGUGCUGUGAGAAAUGCUCAGACUGUAGCUGCUGCCAAGCCACUGAGGAUGAGGUGGAGAUCCUGGGGCCGUUCCCUGCUCAGACCCCUCCCUGGCUAAUAAAUGAUCGUAACACUGACCAGGAAACAGAUGCUGAGAAUGCUAACAGUGAUCCUCCACCAAUUCCCCAAGGCAUCUCUCCUGACAGAAAGAGUUCCUCAGAUACAUCACGGUCCAGCUACAGCUUUACAAGACGAAUUUCAAAUUUCGAGGCCAUCAGACGACCGAGCUCCCCAUUACUAGAUAUCAAACCGAUUGAGUUUUGGGCAAUAGGAUCUAAGAAAGAAAUAGUUCAACCAAAAGUAUUUCGAAAAGCCAAUGUGCCUGAGGACUACUUCCGAAAGUUUGAGCCCAGACUGUACUCUGUUGAUUCAAGCAGUGAUGAUGUGGAAACUUUGACUGAUGAUGAGAUUCUGUCCAAAUAUCAGCUUGGAAUGCUCCAUUUCAGCACUCAGUAUGACCUGCUACAUAACUCCUUGAUAGUGCGAGUGAUCGAAGCCAGGGAUCUUCCUCCCCCAAUCUCAUACGAUGGGUCUAGACAAGACAUGGCUCAUUCGAAUCCAUACGUGAAGAUGUGUCUCCUUCCAGAUCAGAAGAACUCAAGACAAACGGGUGUUAAACGAAAAACCCAGAAUCCAGUUUUUGAAGAGCGUUAUACAUUUGAGAUUCCAUUUUUAGAAGCUCAGAGGAGGACUCUCCUUUUAACAGUUGUUGACUUUGAUAAGUUUUCACGUCACUGCGUCAUUGGAAAAGUCACGAUGCCUUUAAAUGAGGUUGACCUUGUGAAAGGUGGACAUUGGUGGAAAGCACUGAUUCCGAGCUCUCAGAAUGAAGUUGAACUAGGAGAGUUGUUGAUUUCUCUCAAUUACUUGCCAAGUGCAGGAAGACUGAAUGUGGAUAUUAUUAGGGCAAAACAACUCCUCCAGACAGAUAUGAGCCAAGGUUCAGAUCCAUUUGUUAAAGUUCAGCUGGUGCAUGGAUUAAAACUGGUAAAAACUAAAAAGACAUCUUGUAUGAAGGGCACUAUCGACCCAUUCUACAAUGAAUCGUUCAGUUUCAAAGUUCCAGUGGAAGAAUUGGAAGAUAUCAGCUUAGUUUUUACAGUGUACGGUCACAACAUGAAGAGCAGCAAUGAUUUUGUUGGCCGGAUUGUCAUUGGUCAGUACUCCACGGGAGGCCCUGAGUCCACUCACUGGCGCCGCCUGCUGAAUGUUCACCGAACCUCGUCUGCUCAGUGGCACAGCCUGCGUUCCCGGUCUGAGUGUGACCGCGUCUCCUUAGCAUCACUGGAGGUGACGUGAUGCCAUCCCAUGUGCCACGGUUGCCAAAGCUGAACCUUGCUGGUGUUGGCACCAUCUGGCAGCAUCAGCUCCUGUACCUUGACAGAGGGAAUCACUCCCCUGUUUUUGUCUUUGACCGUGUUGUAUUUGAAACAAAACUCUGCAGCACCAAACCAAUGUAUUAGUGAGUUAU